AUGACUCUCGUCCAAAAGCUCGAAGGCUUAUUCCAUAGACGUAAGAAAUCAAAAACGACACCAGCAGAAAGUGGCUCGAACACUCCUGACGACGGAAGUUCAACACUGGUGGGCGCUACACCGGUAGACGCAACCAAGAAGCCAAAUAAACCGCAAAACGAAACUGAGAAGGACAGUCCUGCAGUCUCGGGGAGCGAUGCGUGGAUCGGUCGAGGAAUUCUUUUCCUAAAACUGACCAAAGAUGUUUCCGAAGCAUCAGAGAUUUUAGCACCGCUAAAGGCUGCCUGUGGUGCUACAGUGACUCUUUUGGAAUCUAUACAGGCUGUCGGCGAGAACAAGGACGCUUGGCGUGAACUCGUGAUAUCCAUCAAACGACAUCUUUCCACCCUGAACCAGCAGUUAGACAGGAUUGGUGAUCCUCACUUGAGCCAGGGCAUGGAGACGGCAUUCACCGUCCCCGUUGUAGAAUAUCAAGAGACUCUGCAAACGAUCCUCGCCAAAGUGUUUGAAGAAGCCAAUAUUACUGAAGCGGACCUUACGGAGAACAAGGGGAACAUCAAGCGGCUAGCAACUCGGAUCGGUACUACUAGGAUAGAAGCAAUCAUCAUCAACCGAUUCUCUGCGCGUCUCAAGGAGUCGAAUGAUCUAUUGGUGACCAGUCUCCAACUAUAUGUAGCAAAGGAGACGGGAGAGAUGAAGGAAACUCUUGGCCAGGUCUAUUCACUUCUCGUCACGUCUUCCGUUGUAACAGAAAACUUUCGCCAUGGUAAUCAGCAUGCGCGAUGCCUUGAAGGCACACGUGAUGGUAUCAUCCAAGAGCUAGAUCAGUGGGCGAGAAUGGUCGACCAGGACCGCCGCAUCUGCUUCGUUGAGGAUAUCGCAGGUGUAGGCAAAUCAACCUUGGCCAAGGAAAUGGUCUCAAGAUGGGAAGAAGAUGGGCUAAUCGCAGCCCGGUUCUUCUUUUGCAGAGGACAGUUUGGAGCCUCAAACGCUGGAGACGUCGUGCGUCAUCUCGCGACGGAUCUAGCAAGGACAUUCCGCCCACUUCGGAAGCCUAUUUACGCUGCUCUUCAAGAUGCCACCCUUCUCACUAAACCUUUUGCAACGCGAUGGAGACUACUCGUCGAACAGCCACUUCAGCUAUUGGACGGUUCCUAUGUGAUUGUGCUGAUGCACUCGACGAAUGCAGCGAGGAUGGCCCAACCGAUAAUCGGACGGACACGCGAGAGAACCUGCUCGAAGCCAUUAUACAAACCUUUUCGCACUCUUCCAACAUUCGAGUACUCGUCACUGCGUCCAGCACGGAUGACAUUGUCUCGACUCUUGAUGCCCCUUUCACACACUCUAUCAAAUUGUUGUCCACACCCCAACAAAGAGACGCAAACACUGCGGACCUACGACGCUUUAUCGAGCAUCAAUUCAGCCGUAUUCGCACAUGGAGGUAUACACCAGCCCAAGGAUGCUCUCAUCGAGCGGUCAGAAAACUCCUUUCUCUUCGCAAGCACGGCCUGUGCAAUGCUUCGUCGAUCACUCGCUCGUUCAGCUCUCCUCACGGAACUUAUCACGUCGAGCCAAACCGUUGGCCUCGACGGUCUUUACCUCGAAGUGCUCAAGCGGAGUGCUCCAGACGCCCCCUCACGACAGGCCGUCGCACACGUCUUGGAAGCAAUAAUCACCGCACCACAGCCACCCACACUUGCGGACCUAAUCAACCAGCUGUCAGAUGUCGAAGACGUGAGUGGACUUUUACAUGCGCUGUCGAGCGUUGUCCAUAGUGAUGGUAUGGACGACCCGAUAUGGAUCAUGCAUGCUACUUUCCGUGAUUUCCUCCUUGACCCCACCCGUGCCUUGGACUUUGCUGUGCACAUUCGACUGCUUCCGGAAGAGCCUAUACUCACCUGA